UCACGUCUGACGUAUGGAAUGAAGUUUCUUGUUGAUUGGCUUGCGUUCAUUUGCUAUCCAUAAUGCAAGUCAACAGACUAUAAACCAUCCAUUAGAAGUGAAUUGGAUCAUUUAGCCGUAAAAUUCUGCAAUUUUACUCAUUUUAAUAUGCUCUUUCUGGGAAUACACAUUUAAUGAGUUAUUGUUCCAGGUUCUAUAUAGUUCACUGACCGAGCGUUUUCCCAUCAGACUUUGCGUCGCCUGUUUCCUAAUUAAUUACAAAAUUUUUGCAUGAGGUUUCAACCACGAAGUUUUUAGAGUUUUAACUGCACAUUUUACUGCCAAUUUCUUCCAAAAAAUGCCUCGUGGAGACGACAGCGGGAAAAUAUUUGUUGGUGGAUUGAGUUAUGAAACGACUAAAGAGGGUCUUGAAAGUUACUUCUCUAAGUAUGGUGAGAUUGGAGAUUGUGUUAUCAUGAAGGCAAAAGAUCAGGUUGACCCAAGGAUUGAACGAUCCAGAGGCUUUGGUUUCGUCACUUUCCAUGAUCCAAGCUGUGUUCAGAAAGUUAUUGACAGCCGGCCACAUUAUUUGGAUAACAAAGAGAUUGAUCCAAAACCAGCUGUUCCCAGAGCACCAGGAAGUGCUGGCCCAUUGCCAAUUCCCAAGACCGCAGGUAGUCGAAGCUUCAAAAUUUUCAUUGGAGGUGUUGCCCAGGGAACGACUGAAGAAGACUUGAAGAUUUUCUUCCAGACAUUUGGUCCUGUCGCUGAUGUCUCACUUAUGAAAGACGUAAAGACUGGACGUAUGAGGGGCUUUGGAUUUGUUGGCUUUCAUACGGAAGAACCCGUCACGAAGAUUUGUGCCAUACGUUAUCAUCAAAUCAAUGGAAAAACGGUUGAGGCAAAGAAGGCGGAGCCUCGAGACAGUCGUACUCCCUCGGUGAUUGGCGGAAAUUCUGGUAUGGGUCGUGGGAUGGCGAUGCAAAAUGCGUAUGCUGUAACAGCUGGGUAUGGUAUGGGAGCGUAUGGUGGUGCAGAUGCUCGUAUGUAUGGCGCAGGAUAUGGUGGACAAGCUGUUUCAGCUCAAGCUGGUCAUUAUGGUGUGCCUGCGGCUUCAGUUCCAGCCUCUCAAUACUCUGGUUUUGUCACCGGAAACAGCAUACCAGCUUCAUAUGCGGAGCGAACUGGUGUCGCUGUAGCCCAGGAUCCCGGUGCUCAAGCUUAUGGAGCCUAUGGCUCGUCGAUAGGUAUGUAUGGUGCUGUGGGCGCACCUUCCUCAGCGGCCGCCGCCAAUGCUCGUUACAAUGACUUCGCCGGUGUACCUCAAGGUCAACCCAUUGCCUCACAAGCGGCUGCAAUACCAACCCGCAGCGAAGUAGCUGGUGCUGAAUAUGGUGCUGGUUAUGGCGUUUAUGGUCUCGGAAGUUAUCAACAAGAAGCGUCUCAGUACGGCCCAACACGUGGAGGUUUAUCCGAGGUUGCAUUCGCUGGUGGUGCAGGUGCAGGGGCUGCUGGUGCUGGUGUACCAACCAGCGUAUAUGGUGGUGAACCUGGUGGUUAUCCUGCCGCCAGUAUGUACGAUGGUAUGGGUCGAGGUGCUGGUGGCAAUGCCUCAAGAGGGUACCAUCCUUAUGGGCGAUAGACGAUCGUUAGAGAAAAAUUUUAGACUUAAUUUUAUUUCUUGGAUUUUAUUGCUUUUUAAACGUUUAUAUUAGAGAUUUAUUGUGCAAUGGCAUAAACACACAACGCGAUGUUAGUAUUUAUAAAACUCGCUUGAGUUCAUAAACAGGAGAUUGGAUUUAAGCGUACGUUAUGCCUGCAGCGUCUUAGGCAUGCUGCUGUUAACGUUUUCCAAUCCAUAUUUCUGGGAAGAAAACAGAAUGAGGCCACUUUUAAUGUGGUUGAACAAAGAAGUCAAACAUUUGUAUCUUUGGAUAAAAAGAAGUUAGAAAUAGAUUGAGUUGUGAUGUGAUUAUUAAUCAGCUGCUGUAAUGAAAUUUACAACAAAACCUGUGUUCGUAUAAUUGUGGGGUUCUAACAGACAGUUAGGUGGACAUUUGAAAGAAGAGGUCCUUGACAAUGUUAUUUUCAAAUGUAAAACUAGCCAAAGUAC